AUGGGUAACAAUCGAUCCCGCGUUCCCGCACUCCUCAUCUCCAUGUUCGCCACUUUCGCUUCUAUCUACGUUGCUGGAAGGCUAUGGCAGGAUGCGGAGAAUCGCGUUUAUCUCAUCAAAGAGCUCGACAGGAUCACUGGCCAGGUCGUUAUCGCGAUUUCCGUACAGACGAAUCGCGACCUAUUGCACUGGAUUUUAAUUUUCGCGAUUGCUGAUUCAAUUCACGCGUUUGAAUUUGUUCUGGUUGAGAACCAGUUGAUCGCGUCUGGACAAUCUGCCAUAUCUGUGGAUGAUACAUUGAAGAUCAUAGCCUGCAGGGAACAGCAUAAGAAGCUUGCUGCCCUUGAGACGGAACUUGCUGCAGCUAAACAGGAGGGUUUUGUUUCGAAACCCUUGAUAGAGACUAAUGGAACUUACUCUACAAGAAGGCCGUUGGUUGUGAUAGGUAUCCUGACAAAGUUUGGCCGCCAGAAGAAUAGAGAUGCAAUCCGCAAGGCAUGGAUGGGAAGCGGUGCAUCUUUGAAGAAAAUUGAAGAUGGAAAGGGAAUCAUUGUGCGAUUUGUUAUUGGUAGAAGGUUCAAAUUCCUACUUUUAGACUUGUUGGGGUUGGGUGAAAAUCGCGGAGACAGUCUAGAUAAAGACAUUGAUAGUGAGAAUGGGCUGACUAAUGACUUCAUAAUUCUUGAUAAUCACGUCGAAACAAAUGAUGCAUUCCCAAAGAAGGCUAAAUUAUUCUUUGCUCAUGCUGCAGACAAAUGGGAUGCUGAGUUUUAUGCUAAAGUCAACGAUGAUGUCUAUGUAAAUAUUGAUGCCUUUGGAGCUACACUUGCUACUCAUUUGGACAAACCUCGAGUUUACAUGGGAUGCAUGAAAUCAGGCGAAGUUUUCUCUGAGCUGAACCAUAAAUGGUAUGAACCAGAGUGGUGGAAAUUUGGUGACAAAAAAUCAUACUUUCGUCAUGCAUCAGGAGAGAUGUAUGUUAUAUCACGAGCUUUGGCUAAAUUUAUAUCAAUAAACAGGUCAGAUAUACUCCUAGCUGCACCUAUGCUGUUGGCUCCCGAGCAAUCUGUGCUGGUGUUUAAGUUGAUUCCAGUGCAUUCUGGCGAGAAGACCACAAACGCAGUGAAGUAA